UUCCGCCAUUCAGUUUUUUGUCUGGGAAAAGCUCAAUCUGCGGGUGCAGCGAAAUGAGAUGGAUGUCUGUGUUGCUUUCCACAGCUUUCUUGAUCGGUAGUCAUGGUGCUUGUCUCAGUUGCACGCAGUUCAACAAAGCUGUGGGAAGUCACGCAGAGAAACCACUGAAGGAGCUCGUCUCCAUCAAGUUCAGUAAGAACAGAUCAGUUGCUUGUUUCCUUUGAUUGCACGGUGACAAUCAAGCUCGUAGAUCUGGUCCUGAACUGGAUGCAAUUCAAGGACUGAGACAUUGGAAGACUUUGCAGGAAAGAAAAAGAUGAAAAGUGGUCAGUAUUACUGAUUAUAAUCACAGAUGAAUUCUCAGUCGAAAUUGUUUCACGAAGAGAAAGAGCUUACUCCAACUCAAACUUUCCCAACUGCCAGUUAGUCAAUCAAUACAAGACCCAUCAGCGAUCGAAAUAUAGGAAACGUCGCAGUCGUGAUGAGAAAGAACAGUUGACAGAGAUUAGGAUUGGGAUCGGGAAGGUAGCCAGUCACUUUCCUGUGCGUUUAGGAACACUUGCGUCCUGCUUUUCCAUUUAGUUAAUGAGUGAUGGCUAAACAAGGAUGUGACAAUCACUCACUCCCCUUCCCUAUCCAAUUUUCCACGGUGAAGCAGGAUGGAGGAACAGAAUCGAUGUCAGUAGGAAUACAGAUUGGAUUCGAAAGGUGCGAUUUUUGUCGAGUCAAGUCCACGAAGGUCCUGCCGAUGGCUGGAGAGCGGAAUCUCAACGAGGGGGUGGUGGGCGUCGGCUCCGGCUGUGUCGUGGCUGAGAACGAGGAUUCCGUCUCCUCCCGCUCCGUCGCCGAGGCAUCCGAAGAGGGGGAGCUUCGUCCCGGCGCCAUGAGGAUCUUUGGGUUCUCCAUCUCCGGCGGCAGAGAGGAUAGUCCUGCCGCCGAAAAGGAACCCUACGUCGUAACCCGCCAGUUCUUUCCCGAGGGAGGUGGCUCGUCGCCGGAGCCGGAAGAGGACGGGAGGCUGUUGGAGGAGCCGCAGGCCGCGAAGAAGAGCCGGAGGGGGCCGCGGUCGAGGAGUUCUCAGUUCCGCGGCGUCACUUUCUACAGGAGGACCGGGAGAUGGGAAUCGCAUAUCUGGGAUUGCGGAAAACAAGUUUAUCUGGGUGGAUUUGACACUGCACAUGCUGCAGCAAGGGCCUAUGACCGAGCAGCGAUCAAGUUCCGCGGAACAGAUGCAGAUAUUAACUUCGAUCUGGAUGAUUAUAAAGAGGAUCUAGGACAGAUGAGGAAUCUCACUAAGGAGGAUUUUGUUCUCGUUCUUCGACGUGAGAGCACGAGCUACCCUAGAGGAAGCUCCAUGUACAGAGGAGUGACCUUGCACAAAUGUGGCAAGUGGGAAGCAAGAAUGGGCCAGUUCUUGGGUAAAAAGUAUGUCUAUCUAGGUCUUUUUGAGACAGAAAUUGAAGCUGCAAGAGCUUAUGACAAGGCUGCAAUCAAAUGCAACGGAAAGGAUGCAGUCACAAACCUUGAUCGUAGCAUCUAUAAGGAGCUCAACACAUCCAAGAGUAAUUGUAUGAUUACAGCAAACCAUGGCCAGCUUGAACACAACCUUGACCUUUGUUUGGGGAACUCAGGGUACAAAGGAAAUCCUCUCGAGUCGAUGAUCAGUGAGUCCCGCUGGAAUAGCACCAUUAAAUCUAAGUUUGAUGAGAAACUCCAGCUUCCUGAGGAGAAAAACAACACAAGUAGCUUUACGCAUGGCAAUGCUCGAUCUUCCUCACCAUUUCAGUUUCCUCCAAUGAAUUUGCCUCGAGCGAAUCAGAAUCCAAGCAGCAGCAAUGGAGUUGCAAGGCCUGGAGGAGCAGGGUUUUUGUACAACUUCAUGGCCAGCAACAAGAGACCCAUUUGGGUUGGCGAAGCAGCAGCAGCAGGAGGAGGAACCAAUCAUCACCUGCCAUGCCAUCCACCACAUCACUCGAUCAUGGUUUUGCAGCAUCAUCAGGAUUCCCACAAGUAGUGGCAGCAGCAGUAGAAGAAGAAGAGGAGGAGGAGGAGGAGGCCAAGAACUCUUCUUUCUGCUCAAUUAAGGAUCCAUUUUGGCUUUUGUUUUCUCCUAGUUUUAUGGAAGUGUUUCUGCCGCUUGUUUUUAUGGAAAAGCUUCAUGUUGUCCAAAUUUGAUCUUUGAGAAGAAGUUUCAAGUUCAUUAA